GUGUGUGUGAUGUCAUUCCGAUGGAUAGGUCCCAUUCACGUGGAGUGUCUCAGUAAAUCACUCACUCGCCCAGCACACGAGAGGGGGGUGACAAUGUGCUUGCUCUUUCACUCAGUGAUGUGUAGGAGGACAGACUUUUGUAUCUGAGAGUGUGCGUGAGUGCUUGCUGUGUCUUUUUCCUGGAUGUGUUUGUCCUUCUCUGUGGCAUGCCCAGACAGACACACUGAGUGACAGACUUGCAUUUCUAGAAGACUUUGAACGUAUCUCAGUGGGUCCCAAACAGACUCCCCCCCCCCUUUCCUUGCAGCGUCAGCUACAUGUUCACGUCUGCCAACAACAUGGGAGAUAAUUUCUGAGAAUGUGUAGUUUGUUGUUUUACAUUUGUUUCCCUACAGAAAUGUGAUUUACAGAUGUUGGAUUGCUUGUUUCUAAAGAUGUGUCCUCACUAGACAUAAUGUAUCCGGUCCUCACUAGACAUAAUGUAUCCGGUCCUCACUAGACAUAAUGUAUCCGGAGUUUUCAGAAUUAUUUGUGUUUGAUUCCAAACUUUUUCAGGACAAAUUGUAUUCAGCAAUGAGGAGUAUAAGGGCCCUGAACUCACGUAAACACUACGGUCACAUCGACUUAUGCCCCCUUUCGUGAUCCGCGUUGCCCUGUUGUUCAGCAUCCAUGCUCUCCCGUUUGCAGUAUCUCCUCCAAAAGUGGGACACAUCUUUCAAGGCAGACGACAUCUCCAGCCUGCCUGGGGGACAGGAGGGGAGAUAACAAUGGAUUGUUGCACCAAACGUCGGCUCCUCACGGUCAUGACCAGCGUCUGCGCCUGCGCCGCUUUCGGCCUUCUCAGUAUCUCAGUGGCCACGGAUUAUUGGCUCUUCACCAAAGAAAAGGCCAAAGAGACCCCAGGGAAUAAAACAGUCGGAGCGAAAUAUAAGUGUGUUUAUUCGGGUCUUUGGAGACGGUGCAAAUAUGAUAAUGACCACAAACCAGACGAGUGUUCCUAUAUUGCUUACUUUACUGACGAGGACAGGGAAGGUCUGGGUCCUACUGAUGCAAUCUUGUUAAACAUAAGACAAGCCACAAUGUUCCCACUUGUUAGUCUGCUGAUCUUACUCAUUGGAGGCAUCAUGUGUUUCAUUGGGCAUUGCAAUGACAACAAAAAAAUAUUAACCUUCGUUUCUGGUAUCCUCUUUGUUUUAGCAGGUUUGUGUACGCUGGUCGGCAUCAUUUUAUACAUCGGCAGCAUCACCGGAGAAGUGGGCAACAAGCCUAGGGCGUCCGUGGAGGAGCCCCGCUUUAUCUACGACUACGGCUCCUCCUUCUUCAUGGCCGUGGGCUCGUUCGUCUUGACCGAGCUGUCCGGCGUGUUCUCUGUCUACUUGUACAUCUCCAAACACAAACAUUCCCAGAGGGUCAAGCGGCUAGCCAUCAAGCCGGAGCACAACGACAAGAACCACCAGGCGCCCAAGGGCGUGAGGAGGCUCCCGCGCGACAAGUCCAGGGACCGGUCUCUGUCUUGCGACAGGUCGCGGGAUCCUUCCACCAGCCGGUCUGAGAGCUACUUCACCUACACGCCCAUAUCCGCCACCUCGCACGAGCUCUCCAACUACAACUUCACGCGCUCCGCCACCAACAACACCAUCUCCACCACUGCAGAACUACACGGCCAGAACUCGUGCGGUACCGGCGGCCCGCCGGCCCCGUGCACCGUGCGGUCGGGAUCGCAGCCCUCCGUUAUACCGUGUAUAGACAUCGUGAGAAGAACCACCCCAGUUUAGUCCAUGACUUUGUAGUUACACUUUGGAUACAUCCAGAAAGGAAGAAAGAAGUCACGAGAGAAAGAGAGUGAGAAAGUGAGUGUGAGCCAAAAAGAACAAAGAGAGGAAACACCCACACAAAGAGUACUGCAAGAGAAAGAAAAGAACAAAUACACUUUGGAAAGGGAGAAAACAGACAAGCAACAAAAAAUCAAGAAACGCUUCAAAUGAGUUUGAGAGAAUCGAAACGUUGGAUAGGAACAAAAAGUAUUCAUGCAUUUGUUUUCAUGUAGCUCAGUUGGACUGUUUAUUUAUUUUAAAAUAAUUUCUAGCCAAAUCAUUCAUUGAAAAAUAACCGAGGUCAUGAACUGUGUACAUAUAUCUGUUGUGACUUAUUGAGAACACAAUUUGUUUUUGUGGUCAUUCAUCUUGUGUGUGUGUGUGUUAAAACUAGAUGAAUUACUAAGCACAAUACUCAAUGACCUUCUGGUCAUGUGAAUGCAAGUGUUAUUGUGUGGGUGGUUGGUUAGUGUCACGUGAUUGCAAGUUUAACUGUGCGAUCAACUGGUUAGCGUUACAUGAUUGCAAGUUUAACUGUGUGGCCUGAAGGUUAGCUUUUAAUGUGAAGAGUCUUGGUGAAUGUGAUGCUCCAAUUAGUCAAUCACUUCAAAAAUGCACCCUCACUGACACCUGCCACAACUGUCACCCAACAUUGUCACGCAUUUCAUUUUUUUUUGUUGCAUUCGUGUUUUGGAAACGUGUCACGUGAGCAUUAAUGGACAUUAUGGACAUACUCCAUGGUCACUGACAUUAAUGACAUACUCCUUUGCUAUUGAAAUUAAUGUCCUAUUCUGUGGGCAUCGACAUUAAUAACGUACCUUCUGGCCAUUAGCAUUAAUUACAUACUCCAUGGCCAUUGGCAUUAAUUACAUACUCCAUGGCCAUUGACAUUAAUUACAUACUCCAUGGCCAUUGUAUAAACUACUUGUAAAGCAAUUAGAUAGAGUUUUCCUACUGACUGAGAAGUGAGUCUUCUAGUUUAGUUCUUCAAACGAUCUACCCGUAGCAAAUAUAAAUUGAAAUUAUCUUCUUGAAGUUUUAUGGUCUCUGCGAAUGAGAUUAUUGCCUGGGCAUGAGCUGUGCUCGGAACUAUGGCGCCCACAUAACAAUUUUCACCUCUCUACGGAGUUGAUGUUUGGGAUCAGGGGCGUCACAGGUUCUGCCAGAGUGCUGCGUAAGGGUCACCAGCUUCUGAUUUUCUUCAGGGUUGAUUCACGAAUCUUUUGCUUUUGUGUAGGAAUAUCUUCAAGGUAGUAGAGGUUUGAAUUUUAAGUUUUCCUUCUCCAAAGCUAACGAGUCCCCUUCUGCCCAAAGUUUACUGGUUUAAGGUGUCAGUUUGAAAGCACCCAAUAUCUGAAAGACAGGAGUUGGACUGGUAGUCGGAGGCUAUUUGAAAGCAUUUUAUAAGUACUGGAGUGCAUAUAUCUAGUACUAUUGGAGUGCAUAUAUCUAGUACUAUUGGAGUGCAUAUAUCUAGUACUAUUGGAGUGCAUAUAUCUAGUACUAUUGGAGUGCAUAUAUCUAGUACUAUUGGAGUGCAUAUAUCUAGUACUAUUGGAGUGCAUAUAUCUAGUACUAUUGGAGUGCAUAUAUCUAGUACUAUUGGAGUGCAUAUAUCUAGUACUAUUGGAGUGCAUAUAUCUAGUACUAUUGGAGUGCAUAUAUCUAGUACUAUUGGAGUGCAUAUAUCUAGUACUAUUGGAGUGCAUAUAUCUAGUACUAUUGGAGUGCAUAUAUCUAGUACUAUUGGAGUGCAUAUAUCUAGUACUAUUGGAGUGCAUAUAUCUAGUACUAUUGGAGUGCAUAUAUCUAGUACUAUUGGAGUGCAUAUAUCUAGUACUAUUGGAGUGCAUAUAUCAAGUACUAUUGGAGUACAUAUAUCUAGUACUAUUGGAGUGCAUAUAUCUAGUACUAUUUCCAGCAAUAAAAACUUGAUGUAAUAGUCUUCUGGCUAAAAAAAAAGUGUCUUUAUGAUAGCACAAUCUGAUAGAAGUGUCUUCUUUCUUUACCUCAAAUUAUUACAUUCAAUCUUUUUGUAACUGUAAGUGUGUUUGUGUUUCAAUCAGAAACGGUUAAGAUAAAUGCAUUAAUAUCAUAAUUUCAUUUCAUCGCUCACUGAAGUUUUUUUUUCGAUGUUAAAUGAUAAUUUAAAAAAAAGGAAGGUAACACACUUUGUUUUUAAAGAUUUUCAAGUUUCAAUUGUCUACCCUGCCAUUCAAUAGUGUCUUCCAGUAGAAAUAAUUAAUUCAAACGUAAGUCUUGUAUAUGUGCUGUUGUUUGUUUCUUUUUAUCCCAAUGGACCAAAUCCGUCAGUAUAUAUCUGGGAAGGAGACAACUCUAAAUCAUACUUGACCUCAACCUUGGACUUCUGACAAGCACAAUACAAGCGGUUACCUCCCUUGAGUACGCAUCAUUGCAAGAACUCGAACUAAAUGUGGGUUAUGGCUGAGACUAUCUCUGACGUCAGCUCUAGGUGUAGGUUUAGUGGAGAUUAAAAGACAAACAUUAUGUAUGUUAAUAUGUGUAUUUAUGAAAAUGCCCAACAUGCUAUGACAAUUAUACUUUUAUUUUAUUUAUUUUUUCUAAACUAUAAUUGUUCAAUCAGUUCAGAGUCUAGUGGUCUAUUGGGCGUUAUAAUGUCAAAGAGUGACAUCAUGUGAUUCUUUCUGAAGUAAAAUAUUCACGAUGGCGUUAUGUGGCACUGCUGCAUGUCGAACACAUUUUUGUCCUCCAAGGUUGGUUAGAAUUAAGUGGAUUCAAAGUCACCCCUCCAAUACUGGAGACCAGCCUCAACAGUCCUGACGGUAGAAAUGUUGAAGGGACUUAUUGGAGUUCUGCUAACAGCUGAAUAAUUUGUAACAGCCCAUGAAAUACAUUCUUGGCAUGAUCAAAACCUUAGUACGAUUAGAAUACAAAGUAGAUUCUAUUAUUAUCUCAGUGCAAUUAAAAUCAAAUUUCCAAUAUACUUGUGUAUAUCAUAUUGCAAUCAGAAUCAAAAUUGUCACAUAUAUUUCUUAUCUUAGUGUACAUUACGACAAGUUAAAUUCACAUUUCAAACAUAUCUCAAAAUUAGGACAAGUUAAAUUCACAUUUCAAACAUAUCUCAAAAUUACGACAAGUUAAAUUCACAUUUCAAACAUAUCUCAAAAUUACGACAAGUUAAAUUCACAUUUCAAACAUAUCUCAAAAUUACGACAAGUUAAAUUCACAUUUCAAACAUAUCUCAAAAUUACGACAAGUUAAAUUCACAUUUCAAACAUAUCUCAAAAUUAGGACAAGUUAAAUUUACAUUUCAAACAUAUCUCAAAAUUACGACAAGUUAAAUUUACAUUUCAAACAUAUCUCAAAAUUACGACAAGUUAAAUUCACAUUUCAAACAUAUCUCAAAAUUAGGACAAGUUAAAUUCACAUUCACAUAUCUCAAAAUUAGCAUUCAGCAACGACGCUUAUCAAAAGUGUUGAUUUGAGUAUAGUUUACCGAUGUUGUGCACCUACCCUACGUUCCAAAUAAAUAUUUAACAUGAAUAAUCUUCCAUCUUUAACCAGUUGACAUUUAGUUGCAUAUUUGUGCUAGUACAUAGCAGCAUUGUAAAAAUAAAAACCUUGAGAAAGACACAGAGCUGCUGAGUUUAUGACAACAUAUUCUUGCCAUUAUAUUUGAUGGAAUGAAAACCAAUCUUAUUAGAAUGAAUUCUACUAUUUAUAUACAGAGAUAUCCUAUGUCAUUGUAAGUAAACAUAUUUUUAUACAACUAUAUUUUAUCAACGAUCUCAUGUCAGUCAAUUAUGUAGAUUGUAUUUUAUGUUCAUGUGUACUUUCAAUUCAUUCUUCUCUAUAGUGUCACGUGACCUACAAGAAAAGUUUUUAGAAUUUAAAAAAAGUUGACAAUACAAUAGCAUGCUAAUAUAAAAUUGGCAUCUAAUUUGUUCCCCGAGUCUCAAAAGCCUAGAUCUACUACUCUCUAUGUCUCUAUCUCCUGCGUUUCUUCCCCAACCACCUUGAUGAUUGCAAUGAACAACAAUCGCUAUGCAAAGCAAAUGUCCGAUACUAUUCUAUGAAAAUGAAGUUUGAUUCGGAGAAUUUCAUUCAAUUCUCUUUUAUUUAUUUUUUGUUUCAUUACAUUUUUUGUGCUCGAUUUUAUGUUUCUCAUCGUGACAGCUGGCUGCUGAAUUUUUUUUUAAAUAUUUUUUUUUCAUCCAUUUGUGCAGUUCAACUCAUUUCAAAUUGUAAUAUUGGGAGUCAAUGAAGAUUUAAAAUUUUACUCUAGGCAAAUGUACAAAUAGUGUAUUGAUCUACUUCAAACACUCAUGGAACAAAACUGAUGUGUACGUUUGAGACUUUUACUUUGUUACGUCUUUUGUUUCCCGCCAAAACUCUCUUGGUUGACUGUAACAUUUCCUUUGGAUUCCAUAGUUUAGUGUAGACUAAGUUUAGACUUUUUUGCAUAUUUUUGUUUUUCCUCCAUUAUAAAUAAACAAAAAAUAAUU